UAGACCCCUUGGUUUAUCACAGCUUCUCUCCGGAUCCUCGCCAUUUUCACGGUCAAUUCGACGAGUUUCUCCUACCGCCGUCGCCAUGUCUCAGAUCGAUAACCGAAACUCCUCCGCUGUCAAACGUGCCAGAACCGAUGGUGGUCGUAGAGAAGACGACUGGACCUGUCCUAGCUGUGGGAAUGUCAAUUUUUCGUUCAGGACGACUUGCAACAUGCGCAACUGUACCCAACCUAGACCAGCUGAUCAUAAUUCAAAAUCUGCUCCAAGGUCAAUGCCAACCCCGCAGGGCUACUCUUCAUCUUCUCCUUAUGCAGGUUCCGGUGCACCCUCAUCAAUGUAUAUGGGUGUACCUCCUUAUGGUUCAUCCCUAUUUAAUGGAACAUCUAUGCCUCCUUAUGAUGUUCCAUUACCUGGGGGUUCUGCUUAUCAUUACAGCUAUGGCAACCGCCUCUCUGGAGGGAACCCCUAUCGUCCUCUGCAUCUCUCUGGCACACCACCUUACUCUGGUGGGCCUAUGAUAGGAAAUGGUGGUAUGUAUGGUGUUCCUCAGCUAAUGGACCGAUAUGGCUUGGGAUUGCCCAUGGGCCAAACAGCCAUGGGACCACGGCCUGGAUUUUUCCCAGAAGAAACACCCCAAAAGAAAGAUGGAACACGCGAAAACGACUGGAAAUGCCCAAAGUGUGGAAAUGUUAAUUUCUCUUUUAGAACAGUUUGUAACAUGAGGAAAUGCAAUACACCUAAGCCAGGAUCUCAGGCUGGAAAGUCCGGCAAGAGCUCCAAAACAGAUAUGCCUGAAGGGAGCUGGAAGUGUGAUAAAUGUAACAACAUAAAUUAUCCCUUUAGGACCAAAUGUAACAGACAGAACUGUGGUGCAGACAAACCGUUAGAAUCCCAAAAUUCCCCUUCAGAAGAAGAAGAGAACGAUCAGUGAGUUCUAGGACAUGUUUGAGACGGUCCAGAGUUGUUGGUCAGCUGUUGCUCAGUAUGGGUAUGAAAGUCAGUCAUGUCGUCGUCGUCUUCCUGUUGCUGCGGUUAUCGAGUUUCUCUGCUUUGUGAUUCAUGUUGUCAAAAUUGUAGCCAUAUAAAGUUUGGGAUUGUGGUCCUUAGAGAUUUCUUCUACGUGUGGUGAUUCAUCUGAUUGGGUAAGUGUUAUAGGGGGUUAUUGUACCUUUCUACCAUUGACUUGCAUAUGGUUCCAAUAAUGAACAAUUAGGAUUGUGUUGAUAUGACC